AUGACCCUCGCAGAGGCCUCCAACUCCGGCAUGGCCUCCACCGCCACCCCCAAUGGCAAGGAGAGCUCCUCCAGUUCUUACAGCGCCGUUGACUUCGAACGGUUCACCGUCAGUGCCCAGGAGAAGCUUGCCGCCGACCUCAUGUAUCGGCAAUUCGAGACUGGCCAAAGUAAUGCCAUUGAGCGACUGGUAGCGUUGAAAGCAGACUUGCGUGAUACAGGCGACGAUGCAUUCUGGAGAGACCUUAUGAAGGAACUGACCAGUAUAUGCAACGCUCAGUGUGGUUUUGUGGUAGAGGAACUGGCCUCGCAUGGUAGCACCGAGGAUGCUACAGGUCUCUCGUCCUCGACCUCCCACCUUGCACCGAUCGUCUACUAUAACAAUGGAUCGGACGAAAUUAUCCAUCGGAACUACAAACCAUGGGCUUGGGACCUGCCUUACCACAUUAUGGCUAGGGAUAUGCACAAGUCAUUUCUCGUGGCUGACAACCUUGUUUCGCUUGUCGGAGAGUCUGGCAUGGCUCAUUUUCCCUUUCCUAUGGCUGCCUGCCUGGCAGUCCCGCUCUUCGAUUCCCGUGUCCCUGUCGCUCGCGUGGGUCUUAUGUGGACAACUGUUGGGCUGGAAAAGAGGAAUGUUUCUUGGGCGUAUCUAGAGAUGAUACUGCACUCGUUGGAAGACUUAAUACUACAGCGAAUGGAGGAGAGCGCGACAAUUCGCCAGCUCGAGAGCCGCUACUCUCAAGAAAACGAGCGCCAGAUGGAGAGAGAAAGAGAAAGAGCCCGGGAGAUGGAGCGAUCCAGGUGUCGCUCUCAAUCUUCUAAUCGCCAUCCCACUCCCUACCGACCAGGCGCAGGCCAACCGACUCUCAAGCUAUAUGCGCGCAGUAUGUCCCAUGAGCUACGGACACCCAUGCACGGCGUCGUCGGGAUGCUCGAUAUGAUCCAUGGAACGGUCGCAGACACUAUCCAGAGGGCAUCGGAUGGGAACGAGCAUUUGACUGCCGCUAUGGUCAAGACCUUCGAAAGUCUCAGGGGCGAUAUCGAGAUGGUUCAAGAAGCUGCGGACAACAUCGUCCAUGCCUAUGACCUUAACAUGCAAGUCCCAGAUACCCUCGAAAACUCCAUAGCGGACGACACCCCUUGCCUCUCCCGCCAAUUUUCCUCCCAUCCUUCAAAUGAACUACGGCCCAUUUUUGGUGCAGGAAUCGAUGUCUCUAUCAACCGUAAACGACCAUAUGGUACUGAUUCCUCCCGUGGAUCUUCUCCCGCCCGCCAGCCCAGGUCAGUCAAAUCUCCCCGACGUGAGCGUUCACGAACUGCGGAAGUCAGGAGCGUCGUUGAGGAGAGUGACAAGAUCGUACAUUCAACGCCGGCUAGGGGAGAUAUUCAAGAUGCCUUUAUGGACGCUGUAGCCCCUCCAGAUAAUGAUGCCGAUAGUCCUGAGAAUCAUAGAGAGCAAUCAGAUAAAGCAUCACGUCCCCGCAAACACACCCGGUCUUUGUCCCGAGUAACCCGUCCUGUCCCUAUCUUCCCGCCCAUGGUUCUACAUUAUACCAAGAUAAGGGAACUGCUUCGUCUUGUGAUUAAUGAAUCCUUACAUGUCGGUGGCCGUCCCGAUUCAACAAUCACAAUACCUACCGACACCGGAGAACGAAUUGAAAUCCGUUCCCGUUCCUCGAAUGGUACUGCAUCAACAAAGCAAAUUUCCUGGUCUGUCGACGAUUGUGUCCCUGAAACACUAUACGUAGACGAAAAGGAUCUUGCCAAACUCGUUUCCUGCAUUUUCCUGAACGCCCUCAAAUUCACAGAAUCAGGCUCUAUCAAUAUCACGGCAAAACUGAACCAUACGUCACGAUAUGUCAUUAUCAAUGUCACAGAUACCGGUACUGGAAUCCCGGAGGCUUUUCUACCCAAUUUAUUUAAAGCUUUUGCCAGGGAAGACGGGUCAACUACCCGCAGUAAAGAAGGACUUGGACUGGGCCUUCUUGUGGCCAAGGGACUAUCAAGAAAGCUUGGUGGUGAUCUAAUAUGUGUGCGCUCCUCAACCUCUGGAGAGCUCCAGGGUUCAGAAUUUGAGAUCCGCUUGCCCAUUGUUCCGAAUGAUGUUCUCAGUAGGCCGAGUACACCUAGGACCUGUGCCUCAGUGAAUUCGACCGCUAGCACUCAUACAUGCAUAAACGCUAUCAGCGAAGUUAAUGGUGGUAAAGAGAGCCAACUGGACGGCCAUGCACGCGAAGCAGAGCAUCCACAGGAUAUCGCAGUACCAUCAACAGAGACGCAUAUACCAAUUUCUUCUCGGCCUACAACACCCCAAUUACAAACGCAAGCACAAGCGCAAACUCGUACCUUCGACGUUGUUCAAUCUCCGGUACACAGACCGCCACUACCCGUGUCUUUAUCCACGCCUAUUAUCUCAACUCCUAUGUCAACUAUCACUCCAUUCGACCACCAAAGCCCUUACCUCAACGGCCGCCAGACUCUUGCUGAACGUCACCCACUCACUUUCAUGGUCGCGGAGGAUAACCUGAUAAACCGGAAAAUCUUAGUCACAAUGCUUGAACGACUAGGCUAUACAGACGUAUACCAGGCAUUCGAUGGCCGUGAUGCUGUAAGAGUUGUCAAAGAAGUCCUGGAGGGGAACUCCUCCCAAUACGCCGUCGAAGGCAGCACCCCUAAUGCCUCACCAAAAACCAUCUCGCUUCCGCCCCCGGCUCUUCCCCAACAUCAAGACCAAUCCCAACCCCAGCCCUCUCCCGAGAGCCAAAGUCAGUCUCAGAAUCAACAUCAGCAUCAGGCCCAGCCCCAGUCCCAGUCCCAGUCCCAGUCCCAGUCCACGUCGCCUUCCCAAUCACCCUCACCAUCCCCAUCCCCCUGCCAAUUUUCGCCUUCUCCUUCGCGUUCCCCUUCUCCAGCUCCUUCUACUGAAUCAAAAUUUAUUGAUGUAAUCCUCAUGGACCUAUGGAUGCCGGACAUGGAUGGCUACGAGGCCACAGAACGGAUACUCUCCCUCGUCUCUUCAUACCGUGAACGAAUGGUGAAAUAUGACCCUGCAAACGUGCCGCCCCCGGGACCUACGGUGCUCGCCGUCAGUGCAGACGUUACUGACGAAGCGCUACGACGAGCUACUAAGGUUGGCAUGGAAGGAUACAUGACAAAGCCCUAUAAGCUGCGAGACUUGGAGAGGUUAUUGGUUGAGUUUUGUGCGCGACAGAGUAAAUGGAGGAUAUAA